AUGUUGCGCCAUGUUGUCGGCUUAGCUCAGCCGGUUUGGCGCGGUUCUCGCACCUGGCGUGGGUUUGCAACUACUGCAUUUACCGUACCAGCGCAGAACAACACGCCAGAGCAAACGUUGUUUGUGGCCGGCCUCAAUGAAGGCAAGUUCUUUGGCCAGGACAGCGCCGAGGAAACGUUGAAAAUGGUGGAGCGCGUUGCGCAACACAACCCGGAGUACACCUUGCUGUUCGGGAUUCCGGAGAGGAGGUUUGAGAACUUGGAGCUAGAGCACCGGACGAAGGAUGGCAGGCUUACACCAAGCCGCCAGCUUGAAGACAAGCUUCACUGCGAGAUGAUCCCAGUGAUGCAGGCAGGAAUGGUGGACAAACGCCCGCGAAGAGCACUGGGCCGACCGGUCUACAUAGAUCAGGUGCACGCGGCAUGGAUGCUGUGGUCACACCCGCGGGAAGCCAUCAAAGUGUACUGGGCGUUUUGGCGCCGAAAGAAUUACAAGGACGCGGAAGCGCGAAAGUUUUGGACGACCCAUUUUCCGGCCGCGCGCUGA